AUAAUGCAUUGUUCAUCCUUGUUUAACGUUUGACAAACAACAAGGAUGAACGAUGCAUCAUGCGUAUUAUGCGUGAAACGGAACGCACCCAUAGAGAACGAUGAAAAAGCUAUAACAUAUGUGCUAACAUCUUUAUAUUUUUUAUUAGAAGCGUUAUUUUAAAUGCAGGGUUUUGUUUUAACAUUUAUAUUUUCUCGAUCAUUCCUUAGCAACCGAUGAAAAGAUAAACAUGAGAUAAAUAAUUUUUUUUAUUUAUCAGUAAAACAUAAUGUUCAACGGAAUUGUCGUUAAAUCAAACAUUUCAAAAAUGUUUGUAAAGAAUAUGCGAGAGAUACAACGCAUAAACAAUGCUCCACUGUUGCGAAGAUUAUUCGGCAUAAACCAACCCCUUCUAGAGAGUAAUAAAGCGUUCGAGAAUUUUAAAUUGCAACAAGCAAAGAUGCAGUGCGAUGAUGGGCUUCCAGUCUAUUUAAAAGCUGGAGUACGUGACAAGAUACUAUUUAACUUUACGGUAGCCUUGCUCUUCUUCAAUACUUCAUUAUCAAUCUACACAGUUACUGCGCGGGCAAGAAUGUAAUUUUACACAAUAGUUCCUUCUUUUAAUUGUGCAUGUCAACAUUUAAAUGGGAACCAACUUGUAAAUUAAUGGUGCAAUAAAAGCAUAAACCAGAA